UGAUAAGCGAAAAUGACUUUCCCUUUAGUCGGUGUGCAAACCUACGGUCAGCGCACAAGCGCGGUAAACUCCGUAGUUCGUUUGACAUUUUUCAUAUUUCAAUGUGUAUUCGCAACUUUUUGAAAACUGCCUCGAAAAAGAAGCCACCGAUAUAACGUAAAAAUUUGUGUGACUGUAAAAUUUUUCGAAAUAGGUUGCGUCGCCGUCAUCUGAGCGCCUGCGUCAGCUGACGGGAGUUGUUGUACCUAUAACGUACGUAGACGGGAUUCAUAUAUCGCAGUGGCAGCACAACACGUGGAAGUUGCGGAUGUCAGGGAGAAGAUGGCAGGGAUUCGCGAGAGCCCUGGCAGCAUUCGUCAAAUCCUCCAGGACGGUUCAAAUAGGAGGAGCUGGAGCGGCAGUCGUAACGACAGGCUAUAUUUUCCUCGACCCAAAGGAAAAGAGGGUGUUCAAAUCGUUGAUUGGAAGUUCAGUAAGAUUCGCUCGCUCGCUUGCGAUCGGUUUGGUAAUAUCAGCUGAUUAUUGGGUAGCGCCGUUGAUGGGAGACGAGGAGAAGGAGAUUCAUGAAAGAUCUGCUCGGCGUAUUGUCGACGGCUGUCUGAGCAAUGGAGGGCUUUACGUCAAGUUGGGUCAAGGACUCGCUGCCCUUAAUCACAUAUUGCCCAGGGAGUAUGUGCGGACGCUCACCGUGCUACAGGACAAAUGCCUCACGAGAGAAGCGGACGAGGUUGACCAGGUCUUCCUAGAGGAUUUUGGAUCAAAGCCAAAAGAAAUUUUCAAGGAAUUCAACGAGGAACCGAUCGCCGCAGCGAGCCUUGCCCAAGUCUUCAAAGGGGUGACUCAUUCUGGAGAAACUGUCGCCGUUAAAGUACAGUACAUCGAUUUGCAAGACCGUUUCGAAUCCGAUAUCAAAACGAUAGAGUUUCUCCUCAAGAUUGUUUCGAUAAUUCAUCCAAAGUUUGAUUUUCACUGGGUAUUACAGGAAUUGAAAGAAACGCUGGCUCAAGAGUUGAACUUUAUUACGGAAGGAAAGAAUUCUGAAAGGUGCGCUAACGAUUUAAAGGCUCAUAAAGAAGUUCAUGUGCCCAAAGUUUAUUGGAACUGUUGCACAAAGAGAAUUUUAACCACCGAAUGGAUAGAUGGCUGCAAAAUAAAUGAUACAGCCUGUCUGAAGCGGCAAGGAUUUGACCUGGCCGAUGUAGAUAAAAAAUUAUUUGCUAUUAUGGCUGAGCAGAUUUUUCAUACCGGUUUUAUCCAUGCCGACCCACAUCCUGGCAACGUUCUCGUGAGGAAGGGUGCAGAUGGCAAAGCUCAGUUGGUCUUACUAGACCACGGUUUGUACGAGGUUCUACCGGACAAUAUUAGACAUACUUUGUGCAAUUUUUGGGAAUCCAUAGUACUGAGGAGAUACAGUAGCAUGAAGAAAUACGCGCUGGAACUGAACGUUAACGAUUACAUAUUGCUCGCCGAAAUGAUAACUCAAUCGCCAAUAACUCUGCCAGGGGUCAGCAGAAAACAAGGAAACAUGAGCAUGGACGAGUACAUGCAGCUGCAAGCUAAAGAGAGAUUCGAUAAAGUCUUGGCUGCAUUGAGGGCAAUGCCUAGUAGCUUGAUGCUGGUGAUAAGAAAUUUGAAUACUGUUCGAGCUAUUGCACGUGAACAUGGUGAUCCAGUAAACAGAUAUCGAGCAUUGGCUAGGCUAGCCGUGUCUGGCAAACACAGAACAACCAAUCAGAAGUUGUGGAAAAGAAUAUCGGGGACAGCGAGUUCGAUUUGGUUUGAAACGAGAUUGUGGACUCAAAGUUUUCGACUGUGGCUUAUCAGUGUUUACGUAAGAAUUCUGCGAACAAUGGGCUACGACAUUCAAAGAGCAAUUGACAAUGUAAUUUACUAGCUGCGAUAUGUGGAAGAAGUAUGUAAUUGGUCUAUUAAACCAAUUACCAGAUGGAGCGACGCGGUGACGUGAGAAGAUUGCGAAUGAAAAAGACUUGCGACGAAACAACCCACGCAGCUUUGCAAAUUUUUAACAGUUGAAGACAUGUAUUGGCACGUUUUUAAAAAUGGUCUAUUGGUAUACAGAAAUGUUUUCAACUACAAAAAUAGGUAUUAUCGGUGAACAGUAUAUAGGUAAUUAUGUAUUGAUAAUGUAUAUAAAUAUUUAUCCGUUUUUUUCUGAAAGAACAUCUGUUAAUUUCAUUCACUUCGAAUGUAAGUCAAUAUUACGCGAGUAUCCAAAUAUUUGUACAAAUAAACGUACCACGUGAUGGGCAAAACUUUAUAGGUAUAGAACAGACUUGUAACAUAUUGAAACAUGGACUGACAGGUAAAUUUACAGUAUCAAAGAUGUGCCUUGUAGACAGUUGGGUAAUAAAGUUUGUUUUCGUCAUUGAGUAAAUCGUAUCCUCGUAAAGAGAGCUAGGCUUUCACGGGGCUUUGCGGGUCAGAAGAAUUGAAUUGCAAGCUAACGAUGUGUCUGAGAAAAACCGGCCAGUAUGCGUUCUGCAGUACCGACUAAUAUCCUGUCAGGAAUAUCACGUCUCAUUCCAUUACUGGUAUUUUAUGGCACUGGCUGCGAGUAAAAUAUAUUUAAAAAGCUGAAAUCCAAUGGCAAUUGCGAAUCUUAAACUCUUGCGACUCACUUAUGCUGUAUCGUAACACAUUGUUUGUUUAAACUUCGACAUCUGAUGUGUAUCCACUUCGAAAUCAACGAAUAAACAGAAAUAAAUUUUA